CUUUAGAACCGUAAAAGACUACAUGGGACAAUGGAGAGGAACCAAACAGUGGUCACUGGUUUUAUCCUACUGGGGUUUACUAACCGCAAUGAUCUCAUGGUCGUCUUGUUUAUUGUGUUUCUCAUGAUCUAUGUCUUCACGCUAUUGGGCAAUAUUUGCAUUAUAGCCGUUACAUUCUUUAACACCGGCCUUCAUAAGCCAAUGUAUUUCUUUUUGGGAAAUCUUGCAUUUUUAGACAUUAUCUAUGCUACAGUAAUAGCCCCCAAAAUGCUCUCUACCUUCCUAAUGAAAGACAAAUCCAUCACCUAUUCGGGGUGCGUGGUUCAGAUGUUCCUCUUCGCAGUGCUGAUCACAUCGGAGAGCAUCCUCCUUGCCAUCAUGGCUUACGAUCGAUACCUUGCCAUCUGCAAUCCCUUGCGGUAUCCCGCCAUAAUGACCAUGAGGUUCUGUGCCUGGCUCAUCGUUGGGGCUUAUCUGAACGGCCUCAUCCAGUCCUUGUUUCACACUUGUUUUACUUUCCGCCUAACCUUUUGUAAGACUGAAAUAAGUUACUUUUUCUGUGAUAUGCCACCUCUCUUGAAACUCUCUUGUUCGGAUACAUCCGUCAAUGAACUGAUCUUAUUCACUUUCUGUGGAUUCAACGAGGGCGGCUCGGCACUUGUGGUCAUAAUUUCCUACUUUUUCAUUAUCCAUUCUCUACUUAAGAUCCGUCCAGAACAUGGGAGAAGUAAAGCCGCAUCUACUUGUAUUUCCCACUUUGUAGUGUUUACGCUUUACUACGGAAGCCUGUUCUUCAUCUACCUGAGACCGGGAAAUAGCCACUCAAUGGAAGCGGACAGAGUGGCCUCUGUGGUCUAUACAGUAGCCAUACCAAUGUUGAACCCAAUCAUCUACAGCUUAAGGAACAGUGAAUUUAAGGCAUCAUUCCGGAAACUUAUGUCAUGUAGAUUUUCUUUGUCCUAAAUAUGUGAUCUUCAAUAUUGCAGAUCUAGCAUCAGAUAUGUUAAAUCUCAAAAUGUCUGCGCUGAAUUUUCAACUCCUAACUUCCUAAGUUCA